GUCACACUUGUCUGCAUUAAAUUCCAUCUGCCAUUUUUCAGCCCAUUAUUCCUGCUGGUCGAGAUCCCACUGCAAGCUUUAAUAGUCUUCCUUGCUGUCCACUGCAUCCCCAAUCUUGGUGUCACCUGCAAACUAUGGAAAUGUGGUUGGAAUGAAGAGUGGAGAAAAGCUGAAGCGGAGCAGUAUCGGAGCCCAUCCUCCUAAAUCGGGAGUGAGGUUUGAUCCAUCUGAACGUGCUGAUUUGGAAAGGUUGAGUGUGGGCUGGAAGCAGCACAAAGUUUAUUGCUGUAGCGAGGCCCGGGCUCAAGUUCAGGGGGUGUCCCUGUGCUUGGACAAUUUUAGCGAUGGGCUUCCAUUUUAUGGACUCAGUUUUGUUUUGGAUGCUGGUGCUUACUUUAUGGUUUGCAUGAUUUGAUUCUGUUUUUUUCCUUCUCAUUUGGUAUUGGUCUUUUUUAAGUUGGGUUUUUUCUUGUUUUGUGGCUGCCUGUAAGCAGCCAAAUCUCAAGAUUGUAUAAUUUAUACAUCCUUUGAUAAUAAAAUGUACUUUGAACUUUAAAUUUGCUGAUCUAGUUAACCACAUUAGCCUCCAGAUUGUUGAUCUUGGUGACAGACAAUAAUGGACCUGGCAGUGAUCCCUGCGGCACUCCACUAGUCACAGACUUCCAGUCAGAGAUGCAAACAUCUGCUAUCACUUUGGCUUCCACAAAUGCAAUGUCCAAUCGAGUUUAUUACCUCAUCUUGAAUGCUAAGUGACUGAACCUUAACCAGCCUUCCAUGUGGGACCUUCACAAGUACAGCUCCAACACCAUAGUAAUUUUUUUUCCAAUGGAGACAAUCAAACACAGUGAAGAGAUGCUGAGGGCAGCUUUAAUUUCUGAUCAUAAGGACCUUAUUGACUUGUACCAGAAAUACAGCCCAAGUGUGAAAAGAUUCCUAGAAGAAGCACUUAGUGGAAAUAGUAUUCUUUUCAAACCUAUUGAGUUACAAUCAAAGUCCGAUUGGAUCCGUAGUCACCCUGAACCAAAGCAAGAUUUCUACACAUUUUACAGCAACCCACACAGGAAAACACCAGUUCCUGGGAAAAAUGUAAUUUACAUUCAAAUCAUUGGUUCAUUUGGUGACUCGGAGGCAACUACCAAUAUGUACAUACAUUGGUUAAAAGAAUAUUGUGAGGCAUUUUUCUUUGGGCUGAAGGUGGAAUUCCAGGAACCAAUUUUGGUAUCACACACUGGUUGUAUGUUCCGUAUGAAUAAAUAUUCAGAAAAUCUGCAGAUUCAUACAGGUGGUAUUCUCAAAUAUCUAAAGAAGAGAAAGCCCAAAGAUGCCUUCUGCAUUGUUGGAAUUACAAUGAUUGAUCUUUAUCCAGAAGAUUCAUGGAAUUUUGUUUUUGGACAGGCAUCCCUCACAGAAGGAAUAGGUAUUUUCAGUUUUGCCAGAUAUGAUGAUGAAUUUUACACCAUGAAUUAUAAGGGAAAACUGAAGGGCAAGCAGCCUGUAGUUCCUAGUGAUUAUUCAGUUUUUGAUGAAUACUACACACCGUCCAUAACAAGCAAGCUGCUGUUAAGAUCAUGCAAGACUUUAACUCAUGAGAUUGGUCACAUUUUUGGUAUGCAGCACUGCCAGUGGCUGCAAUGCGUCAUGCAGGGAUCCAAUCAUUUAGAUGAGUCUGAUCGACGUCCAAUUGAUUUAUGCCCUAUAUGCCUAAGAAAGCUGCAGUGUGCCAUUAACUUUGACAUUAAAGAGAGAUGCAAGGCACUGUUGCGGUGGAUUGAGGAAGAUUCUGAAUCAAUAGUGGUAUCUCACAAACCCACUGAAGCAUUUAAAGAAUGGAAAGAAUGGUUGUUGCAGUGUUUGCAGCUUUUGGAGGAGUGAAAUUUAAUCAAUUUGAUUCACUAGGUAAUCAAUAGGCUUAAGAGCUUUGGAAGUCUGUUUAAAAUUUUUUUUAAAUGCAACUAAAUGCAGAAUGACAAGAAGCUCUUAAGUAAGUGGUGUAUGGUGUGAGAAAUUUGUAAUAUUUUUGGCUUAUUGAAGUUCUGUGAUAUUUAGGGAGUUUUAAUAAUGAGACAUUUUUAAUAUGCAACUUUGAAAAUGUGCAUUAUCAAUGUCAAAUUUGUUGCUAUAUGUACAAGUGUAAUUUAAAAACUUGGUUGGAAAGAAUAGUUAAUUCUUAGAGGAAUGACAAAAUCUUGCUUAUGUAGAUCAUGUGUUGUUCAUGUGUUCGCAAUUAGCUGUGAAGGAUUAGGUCAUCUCUAGUUUAGGCCUUGGAAACUAAUCUUUCAAAUUGAGUUUUUGUAACUGCAGCACUGUAAUUAAUGCUGUUACGGUACAGAAGAACAGAUUCAUUUGAAACUGUAAUUAUAUUGGCAUUAGGUUGCUGGUAUUAAAUGACUUAGAACCUAAUUUCUGUGUUUUCACAGUGUGUUUUAUUAAAUGUCUGUCAAAGGGAGGUUAUUUUGAAUUACUGCUUUUUCCGUGCAUUUGAAGAGCUUAAUUUAUGUUAAUCAACUUUGACAUGGGAGUGGAUAAAUUCAUAGUGAUCUGAUGCCCCAAGAAUCUGUUUAUUGUUUGGUUUGUGGGUACUGUGUGAUCCCUAAGGAAGCCCACACACAUAAACUAAAAACAAAAAAGCAGCCUUCUUACUUGAUGUCAAUAAGGAGCUGAAUGCUUGGCCUGAGGUCUGUGCUGCAAGUUGACCUGAGCUUUCUCUGUUGCAAGGUAUACUCACUAAUGUAAUGUCUGGAAAAUGAAAGGCAUUUUUUUUCUGUGGAUUCAAUGGACAUUUCUAAUCCUAUUUCCCUUCUAAUAACUGCUGCUGUUGAGUUGCUUGGCUCUAAGAAGAUGCUGAUUACUGAUCUCCAGAUACUUGUUUUGUUACCAUUCAACCCCAGUUUUCUAAGGUACCUGUUGGCCAUUAUGAUGCAUGACAAAAACGUGCAUAAUCUUGAUCUGUUUUAAGAGUAAAGAUGGAAUUUAUCAUGAUUUUCACCAGAUAUUCAUUUCUUUUUUUUUCACAUUUUGAAGUAUCCCCAGCGCUUUGCAUGAACUUUGAUUAUAAAUUUUCUUGCUGUUACAGUUGGACUUUUUGAAAAUAUGCAUAAUAUUGUUUGUUAUUGAAGGAUUAAAAGGAUGAAUAUAGAUGUCUAAAUCAGAUUGAUGUUUCCUGAAACAGUGCCUAUGGAUGCAAAAGCUGAAGUUUUGGAGGAAACUGUUUGCUGGCAUUAUUUCAUUGAGCAUGUCAAAAUUGCUUGCUUGCUUGCCAAAAUCACCACAGACCUCAACAUUCAGUUUCAAAUUCUUUGUAAGUUUCAUUGAUAAUUUGGGAAAAUUAGUAAAAUCUUGUUAGCACAUCUGUAAGCAGAAAGUGAAAUAAUAAAUGAGCAAUUUUACUUGAGGCAAGAUCUACACGACUGGGG